AAAGUAAAUUGUGUCUUGUCACAUGAUGGUUACUCUGCUUCGUAUAUAGAAAUUGAAUAUUCCAACUAUUUAUAUUCCAUAUUUCAAACAAUGGUGACCCUCAAUUCUAAAGAUUAUAAAACUCCAAAUGAUAAUUAUGCAUUAAAACAAGAUAAUUAUUCUUUGGCUAUAGAAAAUAUUGAUUCAUAUUCAAUUUAUGAAUUUCAAUUAAAAACUACAAAAAUGAAUGACGCAAUCACUUUUAAUAUGAAUAAAAUAA